AUGUCGGGCUCAAAUAGCUGGCUGCGGGCGCAACGAAAGAGUGACCUCGUCGAGGUUGCCGAUAAUGUCGGCCUCACAAACUACGAGGGUCUGAAGAAGGCCGAGCUCGAGAUCGCGCUCGACCAAUAUCUCUCCCAGAACUCUUCUACCUUCUCUUCCGACCCCAGGGUCGCCGGCUUCUACAACAGCCAGGCUAAGACUCGCUCCUCGCCCAUCAAGAAGGAGAUUGUAUCGGAGGAGCCGGAGAAGCCGCUCAGAGCGACGAAGCGCCGGGUUACCAAGGCUCCCGAGGACUUUUCUACCGAUGACGACUCGCGCGCCGUUGUCGCUACCUCCAACGCCGUCCUCCGCACCCCCCGCGUUGCCUCACUUGCGAGCCGCAUCCCCCUCCCCGCCUCGCCCGCCGACGUUGCCCAGGCUGUCGACCGUAGCACCGUUGCUGUGCGCCAGCGCGUCGCUUCCAUCUACCAGGACUCGGGCGUAAACGAAGCCGCCCACGCCACGCGCGAGUCGCUGUCUACCGUCACCUCCAUUCUCUUCACCGUCGCCGCUUUUGAGUUGUACUUUUUGCGCCGCGAGGUUCUCGCCGACACCUACGCCUUCACGAUCCCUGCCAUGUCGUUCCUCGGAACCAAUGAUUACCCAGUGCACAUACCCGACAUGUUCUUGCUCUUGACCUCGUCCUUCUGGUCGCCCACGCUGCUCUGGCUCGCCACGAGCUUGGUCAUCCCUGCCACUUUUGGUUACUUCUACAACUUGUCCGUCGCGAACCAGCCCGCUCCCGGACGCGGCAGGCGCCCCUCUGCUCCCACGCCGGAUUACAUUGUUGAUCCCCUCACUUUUAGCAUCGUGAAGGCGCUGGUGUCGUACGUCGUGUACGCGCAGGGCGUCACCUUUUAUGGCCUCGUGGAUGAGACGAGCAUUGCGAGGAUCAAUGGCGCAUUGUAUGGUGGCUGGAAGGGCGUGCUCGUAGGGAGCGCCAUUACGGGGCUUACGAGUCUGUAUGAUGCCAUCCUGAGGAAAUGA